AACACCAGAAUGCAUGAGACGCUACCAUGUAUUGCCAGAAGUGUCGGACGCCCUUGAAGCUGGAUGGCUCGCUGGAGUCUCUCAACCCCGCCGCUUUCGACUUGCUGGUCGGCUCAACAGGUAAAUCACUUCCGGACCAGCCGGGACCAGCUCCUGCAUCUCGACCGUCCUAUCCGCAAGACCGACGAGAGCUCUACGACCGAGCCUCCAAGCAUGCCACCACCCCCGUCUAUCGCCGAUCGAUCCCGCCCCCCCGCCAGCCCGCCAGGCUGGGCCGCGGGGAUAGUGGCAACAUGUCCUUUGUCAUGCUGACGGAGUCCCAGGUUGGGCUACCGCAUGGCGUCUCCGGUGCCAACGGCGACAGCCCGUCCACGAGCAAACGCCCCGCCAACCCUCCGACUAAUGAUCGCGGGGCGGAUGAGGGAUCGUUCGCGGAGCAGGUCGAACGGACCAGCCGGUUGUUCGACAUCAUAUCCUCGCGCUCCGACAUUGACCACCCCAUCUGCACGGAAUGCACCGAGAUGGUCGUGGACGGCUUACAGCAACGACUGGUAGAUUCCACCAAGGAGCGGGACGCGUAUAUCUCCUUCCUGCGCAACCUGAACGCCUCCGUGCCGACGGCGGAAGAGCUUGAGGCAGCCCAGAAGUCCCUGCAGGAAACCCUGGACGCGGAACAAGCAGCCUUUGAGGAGCUCCUUGCGUUGGAGAAGGAAAAGGCGGCCUUGGACGAGGAGAUCGCCGGGCUUGAAGAGGAAUCGCGCCAGCUGGACCUGGAGGAAGAGAAGUUCUGGCGCGACCGCAACUCGUUUGCCUUGGAUCUGUCGGAUUUCCAGAACGAACGCGACGCCCUGAAUAUGAAAUACGACCAUGAUUCCCGUCAGCUGGAGAGACUACAGCGCACCAAUGUAUACAACGACGCCUUCUGCAUCGGGCAUGACGGCUUCUUUGGAACAAUCAACGGUCUACGGCUGGGUCGCUUGACGAACCCAUCGGUGGACUGGCCCGAAAUCAAUGCGGCCUGGGGCCAGACCGCUCUCCUGCUGGCCACCAUCGCCGACAAGCUGGGCUUCCAGUUCCAAGGCUACCAGAUCAAGCCGCUGGGCUCUACGUCGAAAAUCGAGAAGAUCGAGCAGCCCCGACCGUCUCCGGCCCAGUCCGCGCUGGGGGGAACGGCGACGUCCGCGGCCCCGAAGAUCACCCUCCUCGACCUUUACUCGUCCGGCGAGCUGCCACUAAAUCUCCCGUGGCUUCACCGCCGGUUUGAUGCAGGAAUGGUGGCGUUCCUGGAAUGUUUACGUCAACUAGGCGAAUUUGUGGAGAAGACGCCGACCCCCUCAAAUCGUCGGGGCGCCAACGCCAACGCCACGGUGCCUGGGUUGAAGCUCCCGUACACCAUCAAACGCGAUAAGAUUGGCGACGCCAGCAUCAAGCUGGGCUUCAACCAGAACGACGAGACCUGGACCCGGGCGUGCAAGUACACCCUGACCUGUUGUAAGUUUCUGCUGGCGCAUGCUAGCAACGUUGCUAGUGCCGGCUCCAGCAACUCCGCUGCGGUGGCCGCUGCGGCGGUUGCAGCAGGCGAGCAGGCCGGGGUGCCCGCGCCCAGCCCGACACCUCCUAAGUGA